CUUUAACUUUCUUCUAAAAAAACACGACGGAAACAAACAGUUUUUGUUCAACUGAUUUCCAUUGCUGUGAAUCCGUUGGCAUUUCCGGCGAUGCUAAUUUCUAAAUAGAUCGGUCAAUUAUUCAGUAUCAUCCGUUCGAAAAAGAGAAGAUGAUCUUAGACAGUUUAGAAGACGAGGACAAAUGGCUUGCAGAAGGAAUUGCUUCCAUCCAACACAACGCCUUCUACAUGCAUCGCGCUUUGGAUUCAAAUAAUCUCAGAGAUGUUCUCAAGUACUCGGCUCAGAUGCUAUCGGAGCUUCGAACUUCGAAGCUUUCUCCUCACAAAUACUACCAACUCUAUAUGAGAGCGUUCGAUGAGUUGAGGAUGCUAGAGAUAUUUUUCAAAGACGAGAGCAGACACGGUGUUUCUGUGGUUGAUUUAUAUGAGCUAGUGCAGCAUGCUGGAAAUAUUUUGCCUAGACUGUAUCUGCUAUGUACAGUAGGAUCAGUGUACAUAAAAUCAAAGGAGGCACCGGCAAAUGAUGUGCUUAAGGAUCUUGUGGAAAUGUGUCACGGUGUUCAAAAUCCCAUUCGUGGACUAUUUCUUAGAAGUUACCUUGCUCAAGUUAGCAGAGAUAAAUUGCCUGAUAUUGGUUCCGAGUAUCAAGGAGAUGCUGGCACGGUCAUGGAUGCUGUAGAAUUCGUGCUGCAAAACUUCACUGAGAUGAAUAAGCUUUGGGUUCGAUUGCAGUAUCAGGGACCUGGUCGGGCAAGAGAGAAGCAGGAGAAGGAAAGAAGCGAGCUCUGCGAUCUUGUAGGGAAGAAUCUUCAUGUUCUUAGUCAAAUAGAAGGUGUGGACCUUGAAAUCUACAGAGACACUGUCCUUCCCAGAGUUUUAGAGCAAGUUAUCAACUGUAAAGAUGAGCUUGCGCAAUAUUAUUUAAUGGAUUGCAUAAUUCAGGUUUUUCCAGAUGAGUAUCACUUGCAGACCCUUGACACAUUAUUGGGAGCUUGUCCUCAACUUCAGCCGACAGUUGAUGUCAAGACGGUGCUUUCAAGAUUGAUGGAGAGAUUGUCCACUUAUGCUGCUUCAAGUGAAGACGUUAUAUUCGAGUUCCUGCAAGUAGAAGCUUUCGCAAAAUUGAGUAGCGCCAUAGGGAAGGUAAUAGAGGCACAGACGGACAUGCCGAUUGUUGGAGCCAUUACUUUGUACUUAUCCCUUCUCACUUUUACACUCCAUGUACAUCCUGAUCGGCUGGAUUAUGUGGAUCUAGUGCUGGGAGCAUGUGUAAAGAAGCUUCAUGGCAAGCCAAAGAUUGAAGAAAGCAGAGCAACAAAACAGAUAGUUGCAAUUCUGAGUGCUCCAUUAGACAAAUACAAUGAUGUUGUCACUGCCUUAACACUUUCGAACUAUCCUCUAGUCAUGGACCGCAUUGAUACUGAAACUAACAAACUCAUGGCAAUGGUUAUCAUUCAAAGCAUCAUGAAAAAUAACACAUGCAUUUCUAGUGCUGAUAAGGUUGAGGUGUUGUUUGAAAUGUUAAAAGGCCUCGUUAAGGAUUUGGAUGAAACUACUGGAGACAAGCUUGAUGAAGAGGAUUUUGCGGAGGAACAAAGUUCUGUUGCUCGCCUAAUACACAUGCUCUUUAAUAACGAUUUAGAAGAAAUGUUAAAGAUUAUACAUAUUGUGAGAAAGCAUAUAAUGGCUGGAGGACCAAAACGUUUACCUUUCACAAUUCCUUCACUUGUAUACUCUGCACUGAGGCUUGUCAGGCAGUUGCCAGAUCAGGAUGCUGAUGUAGUGGGAGAAGAGCUGUGCCCGACGCCUGGGAAAAUUUUUCAACUCCUGAAUCAGACUAUCGAGGAUCUUUCAUCUGUUCCAUCACCUGAGCUUGCGCUAAGAUUGUAUUUACAAUGUGCUGAGGCUGCAAAUGACUGUGGUCUCGAGCCAGCUGCAUAUGAUUUUUUCACUCGGGCAUUUGUGUUAUAUGAAGAAGAAAUUGCAGACUCCAAAGCGCAGCUGACUGCAAUACAUUUAAUUAUCGGUACUCUUCAGAGGAUGAAUGUAUUUGGUGUUGAGAACAGGGAUACAUUAACACACAAGGCCACUGGAUUCUCUGCAAAACUUCUGAAAAAACCUGAUCAAUGCAGAGCAGUUUAUGCCUGUUCGCAUCUAUUUUGGGCUGAUGAUCAUGAUGGCAUCAAAGAUGGAGAAAGGGUCCUGCUCUGCCUAAAGCGUGCCUUGAGGAUUGCAAAUGCUGCUCAGCAGAUGGCUAAUGUUACAAGAGGUAGCAACGGGCCAGUCAUACUCUUUGUUGAAAUAUUAAACAAGUACAUAUACUAUUUUGAGAAAGGAAACCUGCAGGUUACUAGUGCUGCAAUUCAGAGUUUGGUGGAAUUAAUUAAUACAGAAAUGGAAAGCGACUCUGCAACCCCAGAUUCAGCUGCAACUGCAUUCUUUGCCAGCACAGUUCGGUAUAUUCAAUUCCAGAAACAAAAGGGUGGUCUUAUGGGUGAGAAAUAUGAAUCCAUCAAGGUCUGAGUUGUGUUUGAAGCGGGGUGUCUAAAAGGUGAGCGAUGAAACUAAUGGUUUUGAUUUUUACUGGAGAAUCGAAUCACUGGUCUUCCUUAAUGUGAUGUUCUGCUGCAGUCUUUCAAAUCUUCACCUACUUUAUGCGAGUACAAGCAAGAAAGUGUUUGGAUUUGAAAAAAGGCGCUAAAGGUAUUAUUUCUCUAAUUUAAAACUGCAAAUUGUUUUUGAUUCGGUCGACUGAUCCAGGCUUAUUCGAGAUUCGAGAGUUGUGCAACUCUGUUCGUUUUUAUGUCAGUAGCCUGGGAAAAUAAUUGGUUGAUUGUUGUGGACUGUGAAUGGUGUAUAGGCUCUAUCUCUAGUUUGAUGUUCUGACGUUUCUGUCAAUUGUCGUUCCUUCCAUUUCUUGUGUAUGAUUUGCAUUUCAUGUUGGAUUGUUCAAUGAAGAAUUAUAUAGUGUUAUUUCUCUCAA